UGCGUCAUCUGUCUCUCCUCUGUAACUGAGCGAGCUGUUGCUUCGUGCGGACAUGACGCCUUCGACUUCCGAUGCCUGAAACUUUGGCUUCAACAACGCUCAGCAUGCCCGUUGUGCAAGACAGAGGUUACCGCCGUCACCUACCAAUGUAGCUCCUCUCGGGAGCUCAGAAUAUACGAGGUCCUCCCCGCCCGCCUACCUCCGGUCCCUCCGGAAAGCAACCAUGCCUUCGACAGCCAGUCUCAGGUACAUCGGCGCCGCCACAUCCACCGGCGCCCGUUCUCCCCACCAAGCAGAGACGUAGCCGUUCUGAGACGCCGCCAUAUAUACCGCCACCAACUGUACUCCCUUCACGUAGGCUCGAAUUCCCUAUCAGGUUACCGAAACUUCACCCCGGAAGAGUUCGCCGCCUCGCCGGAGCUCCAGUCUCGAGCGCGUAUGUGGAUCCGUCGCGAACUCCGCGUGUUCAGCUUUCUCUAUUCCGGGCCUUCUGAUAGCACGUCUGUCGAGGGGGCAACUACCAGCAGCCACGCCGAGUUCCUUAUCACUUACAUUGUUGCAAUCUUGAAGAAGAUGGAUAUCAAAGCCAGCGAUGGGAGGGCGGAAGAUAUGCUGCAGGAAGUGCUGGGACGGCAGAAUGCGAGGCUGUUUCUUCAUGAACUGAGCUCAUGGCUCCGCAGUCCGUACCAGAAGCCGCAGGAAUGGGACCGACGCGUGCAGUAC